UUUUGAGGCUUAGGGAUGUCUUUUCAGAAGCAACCUUGAGCAGCCUCAUACACAUGCCUGGAAACUUCGGAACAGAGGACUCUCCAAGAAAGACAAGCUGCUCCCUCCGUUACACCGGACCGCCCUGCUCUGCACUGACCGAACUCACGCCCUUAAUGGCCAGCAAUGUCGAAGCGUCGCCCGUGGAGAAGACUGCCCCGCCCAAGGGGGGCGUGGCCAAGGGGGCGCCGUGUUGGAACGGCGCCCUGAAGAAGAUGAGCCCGCGCGUCAUUGCGGUGGUCACCUGCUUCACCGGGGACAUGAACGCCUUUGCCAAGUGGAUGGAAAAGCAGUUCAUCCUGCUGCAGCUGCUGGACUGGAUCCUGCGUGGCGCCGCCCAGGUCAUGUUCGUGAACAACCCCCUGAGCGGCCUCAUCAUCUUCGGGGGCCUGAUCCUGCAGAGCCGCUGGUUGGCCCUCAACGGCUUCGUGGGCACGCUGUUCGCCACGCUGUCGGCCCUGCUGCUGCGGCAGAGCAGGGGGGCGAUCGCUGCUGGGCUCUACGGCUACAACGGCAUCCUGGUGGGGCUGCUGAUGGCGGUGUUCUCGGCGGCGGGAGACUGGUACUGGUGGCUGCUGCUGGCCAACGCCUUCAUGUCCUCGAUGUGCCCUGUGGUCUCCAGCGCCCUGGCGUCCAUCAACAGCCGCUGGGACCUGCCCGUCUUCACGCUGCCCUUCAACAUCCUGGUGUGUGUCCACAUGGUCGCCACGGGACACUACAACAACUACUUCCCCCAGGUCCUGAUCCAGCCGCGCAGCGAGCUGCCCAACAUCACCUGGGCGGAGCUGGACCUGGCCAAGCUGUUCAGGUCGGUCCCGGUCGGCGUGGGCCAGGUCUACGGGUGUGACAACCCCUGGACCGGGGGGAUGUUCAUCCUCUCGCUGUUCCUCUCCUCCCCCAUCACGUGUGUCCAUGGUGUCCUGGGGUCGGCCAUCGGCAUGGCCACAGGUCUGGCCCUGGCAGCGCCCUUUGGAGACAUCUACUUCGGCCUGUGGGGCUACAACAGCGUGCUGGCCUGCAUCGCGAUAGGGGGAAUGUUCUACGCACUCACCUGGCAGGUGCAUCUGCUGGCUCUCACCUGUGGUUUCUUCUGCGCUUACCUCGGCUCCGCCAUCACCAACAUCAUGUCCAACUUCGGCCUUCCCGCCUGCACCUGGCCCUUCUGCCUCUCGGCGCUCACCUUCCUGCUCCUCACCACCGAGUGCGUCCGGAUAUUCAAGCUGCCCCUGGCCAAGGUGACCUUUCCGGAGAAGAACCUCUGCUACUACUGGACGCUCCGGCGGGAGGAGGAGGCAGAGAAGGAGGCGCUGAGGAAGGUGGAGGAGUUGGAGAAGGAGGAGGAGCUGAAGGAGGCGGAGGAGAGACCGGACGAGAAGGAGGUCCUCAGGAUCCAUUUGGAGAACCGGGAGAUGGAGGAGAGGAGGGAGGCUGAGGUGAAGUCGAUGAACACGGACUCCGUCUCCGUGGACAUGUCCAUCUCCGUGGACAUGGGUACCGGGGUGGUGUACGCUCCGUGAAGGUGGAGCCGGAAGGUGGAGGACACUCAAACAAUCAUUAUGGCUCCUUUAUGUACAACGCUUACGGCUCUGCUGACUACUACUUAUGUACAUUACUGCACUUUAUGAGAUUUUUUUAUUAAAGUUUUUUUUAUAAUAUAAUUCCCUUGACUCUGGUGAUUCUCUCAUCUUCAGAAAGGUCACACUGGAGCUAUCUAUGUGCCCCCCCUGCUGGCUUCUCUAGUACACAGCAGUAGAACAAAACGGGCGUGUUGAUUAUCCAGACCUCUUCGAGUGUCUUAAAGCAGACCUCAUGUCAUCACAGCUGCCCAGCCAGUAGAGCAGAGCAUGAACCCCUGAGAGGGCUGUUUGAUUCCCUGUGUAGCUCAACUGGUAGAGCCAGGCAUUAACACUGCCAGGGUUUGGGGUUUGAGUCCCUGCAGCGUGGGUCUGAGAUAGGGAAGCACCGAAUAUUCGGCCACCGAACAUGUUCGGCCGAAAAUGGCCCAAAACAUAAUGUUCGGUUUCGGCCGAAGGAGUAAAAAGGCCGAACAUAAUACACCAAACAUUUUUAUUUAUUUAUUUAUUAAAAUAAUAACUAUUUUUGCUAUAAUGUCUGCUGGAAUGUUAGAAAACGUUCAGUAUUAAAUAAAUAUUUUGUAUCAAAUAUGUAAUUGAUUUUUUUUUAUUGAAAAGCAAGACAAAAAAGUUUAUAAAGGACAUUUAAUUGUUUGAUUUAUGCAAUGGUGAAAAUUUAAAGAAAAAUUUAUGAAAAACAGAAAAAGCCACUUUCGGUAUUCGGUUUCGGCCUUCGGUCCAACUGUUUCAGUAGAUUAGGGUUUCGGUUUCGGCCAAGAACUUUCAUUUCGGUGCAUCCCUAUGACUGAGAUGGCAUGUGGCACACGAUGAGGGGAAGCAAACCCCCUGACCCACAAUAUGCAAGUGGUUAUAGAAGUGGCUAUUAUAAUGGAGAAAGAGGGGCUGAAACUCUACCCCCCCUCCCCUGAGGACUUCAGAGGGUGAAUCCAUU